AUGAAGUCGUUCGUGUUCUUCCCACAGCUGCCCUGGGAAAUACGAGAUGCAAUCUGGCGAUUAUGCCUCCCGAGCCCUCAGAUAGUAGAAUUUGAUCGUCCGAUCUGUGACAAUGAACCCUGCCGUAGAUUUUGUGGGGUCCAUCAUGGCUAUCACCUCCGACUUCUGGCCCUUGCAGCUGUGUGCCAGGAGUCACGCCUGCUGCUUCUUCGAGAAUAUUACAACCCUGAGGCGGACGCCGAGAUCCCGCGAGGAAUGGGCGCAUAUCUCUGGAACGACGAGGACAACGCAAUCCCAUACUUUUGCGCGGUGACUCGGAAAGCAGUGCACAAUCCGAUCUCCAUCACUGACCGACACCUUCGGCAAAAAUUCGACGAACCCUUCUUCGCCGGCAGCGUUCGCGUUGCUGCACUGGACAAUUUUGACUUCAAGGACGACGCUGAAACACUGCGGUCCGGGUUGUUCGGGAAAUUCGAGCUGGACCCUGUGCGCUACCUCGAUCCCAAUGACUCAAAAACCCUGCAACGUUACCAUCAGCUCUGGCGAACGCAAAACCCCACUAUUAUCACCACCUGCACCACUACUGGUCCUGCCGCUCCAAUAACACCAUGGACCCGAGAGAUCCAGCAGGCGGCCGCCGCAGAGUUCUUCGCGCUUCUGGAAGAUGAUCACCAGCCACUGCGUGACCGACUCGCGCUGUGGAAGGAAUACAUUGACCGUGGCUGGGUUUGGAAUGUAUUCUACCGGAUGGCUGAAGAGGCCAAGGCCAGAGCCCCGGUAAGCGUUCCAGAUCGUGACGUGCUGUUCCUUCCGCCCUACCCUGGCUACGACUGGCAAGAUGAUGAGGAGACUUUCGAUUACUUUCAAUCCAAAUAUACGCUCAACCGGGACAAUCCUUGGAUACAGGGAGUUUUGGACGAAAUGCCCGUCUUCCAGCCGAUGAUUCUCUUCCGCCAUCGGAUGGGGAUCAGGUGCACCGGCCGGUAG